ACGGAAGCUGACGGAAGCACUGAACUGCGGAACAGUAAUGACAGCUCCCUUGUUUGAUCAGAUGUUCGUGUUAUCGUCAAUGUGAUAUUGAUUUUCUGAGCAAAUUUGAAUAUAAACAAGAAACAAUGAGCUCUGAAACUUAUUUUAAAGUAGUUUUAAUCCUUAAUUGUGUAUAGAAAUAGUAUAAUUUUGCACAAAAUGACAGAAAUAAGUGAUGUUAAUCCGCUUCCACCCGGGUGGGAUGCAAAAUACGAUUCUAGAACAGGACGAAGAUACUUUAUAAAUUACUUCACAAGAAAUACUUCGCUUGAUGAUCCUCGAGCUAACCAAAAACAGAAUGAAUACAUUCCAAUGCAGGACUUCAGUCGGCCGAGCGGAAUGAUGGGUCGCACGAUAGGACCCCCCACCAUGGGUGCGCCCGCCCUCCAGUACCAGCAGCAGAAGAAUGCGGCGGCGGAGACAACCCUCGAGCAGUCUGUGGCUAAGAUAAGCGCCAUGUUCCCCACUGUCGGCGAAACCCACAUCAAGACACUGCUCAUCAAAUACCACAACCGCGAAGCCGUGGUGAUGAGUGCACUGCAGGUGGAGCAUCAUCCUGUCACAAUGCCGGGGCCAUACACACCCCCCAUGGGCGCCAGGGGCGUCAGCUGGGGACCCACUGUGCCCAGAGGCACGCCCCCCCUCACGCCCCGCGCCAGCCCUCGUGCCAACAUGCUACGUUCCAGCUCUCCGUUCCGGAAUACGUCGUCGCCGCCGCGACCCCCGCAUUCGCCCAAGAUGAAACUGAGAUACCUGAAGAGCGUGUUCCCGGUGGUGGAGGAGACCCUGCUACUGGACACUCUAUGCAACUCGGACAACAACGUGCACCGCGCCAGCGAGCAGCUGAUGACGAUGGGCUUCAACAAGCGGGAUACGCCGCCGCCCCGCGUGUCGCUCAAGAGGGGUGACAGUCCGCCAAGAUCUGCCCCCGCCACCAAUACGCCUCCGCCCCCGCCGCGCAUGCGCAGUGUCGAGGAGAAACAGUCCAUGAAAGAACGACUGCACAAGAAGAAUCCGGACAUCCCAGAGCGAGUGGUGAGCAUCGCCCUUGACAGUGUCGACUAUGAUGAGGAGAAAGCUGCUCAGAUACUGGACAUGAUGCAGGAGGAUGACAAGAAGCGAACCGAGACUACGCUCAAAAUCAUCAGCGAGCCGAAAGAUGAGGAGGUGAAAGCAGUGCCCAUCGAUAUGCCUCACAUCCCAGUGCAGCUGACGAGCGCCAGUGCUACCAACGAAGCAAUCCCACCAAAGAGCAUUCAAACUGCCAACAAUAAUAACCACAGAAGAUGCAAGGGCAAGAAGGAGUCACCCAAGAUGAACAAGGAGUUUUCUCCAAGUGAGAACAAGUAUCAUUCACAACUGUUGUCCAAACCAUGUGGUGCCAAUCCCACCUUAACAAAUGGUCCCAACAACGAUAUUCUCUUGCCGGACUACGCGACAUGGACAGGGCCCAACCAGGAGCUUGCCCAAGGGCCCGACAGAACCCUGCUGGGCGCAAAUAGCCGCGUGAAGCCCCGAGGGCCCGACCUGUCCCUUCGCAAAGGACCGAUCAAGGGCCUCGCCAAGGGCAGUAUCUACUCGAGACUUGUCUCUUCAACCAACGCGGCCAACACUCAGAAGGAGGCAAAAACCAAGUAGCAUUCAGUGUGUGCUAUUCUAUAAUCACACAAUACUACGAUCCAAAUUAUAUGAUUGUAUAAAUAGAUAAAGUACUAUAUGAUCUGUCAGCGAUACAACCAUGUGAUAAUAAUAAAAUUGAAACGUAUGAUGUUCAAACUGAACAACAAUCAUUUGCAUGUGUGCAGAGUGUAAUAUUGGAAUCAGUUUUCAAACUUUACAAUAUUCAUAGAUACUUUUUUGGGUGAAAUUUACGCACGGCAAUCUGAAAAAAACUCACUGGCUCUUUUGGACCAUGCAAAAUUUGCAAUAUUUUUGUACUAUAUAGUACCUACUACAGUUACUUUAGAAGACAGUAACUGUAGUGCCUACUUAUAAAAUCAGGCCACACAACUGUAGCUUGUUGUUGUAAAUGGAGCUUUUUCUCUUAUUCAUUUUCUAUUCACGACUUCAGCCGGGACCGACAGUCAGCGUGUCCAUUCGAUAACAUGGGAGUGACCUGGUCAAAAACUUUUGGUGAUGAGCGGGUUUUGAACCGUGGAUUUCUAGGCUGCUAUGCAAUCAUUAUCCACUAGACCACGUAUCACUCCUAUUCAAAUUACACUCUGCACAUUUUGCAACCUUGUACUAAAUCUUAUAUAUUUUUCUAGUGAAAUUUAUAACAAUUAUAAUGUGGCCCUCCAUUGGAAAAUUUAUCUAACUUAUUAGGUAAAAAUGGUUGAGUUCUGUAUGAAUUCCAAUAAAUGAGUGUCUAAGCCAAAAUUCAUUAGUGCAAAGUAGGUUGUAAAUUCAAAAUUGAUUCACAAGUAAUUAAAAGCAAUUAAAUAUUCUAUCUCAAUAGAGAUGGAUAAAACAUAAUUCAAUAAUUCGGUAUUAAUUAAAUGUGUGAUUGUCAGUAUUGGUGAUGUAGUGUGUGUGUGUCAUUGUUAGUGUUAGUUAUAGUCAGUGUUUGAAAAUAGAGCAUAGAAAAUAAAUCCAGUGGUUUUCUUCAUAUUUUUGUUGAAAAAUUCACUCAUUGUAACCACGAUUGUACUAGUUUGUUUGGAUUUGGAUUAUCAUUCAAACAUUCUCAUUUGAAAAAGUAUCAACAUAUCAAACUACAUACGAUCAAUCAUGAAAAUAAUCAAUUUAUGAUAAUUAUUCUUCAAUUAUAUGAUAUUAUCUAUUCUAUUAUAUUUUCAUAGUACAUAUAUUCGUACUACAUAUUUUAUGUCUAUUCAUAUCCUCUAUUUAUAAUAUUCGUAAUCCUAUAUUUAAAUCACAACAUUAUGUUGUAAGUUGUUCUAUUUGUUAUGUAUAUUUUUCAAUUCAAUAUUAGGUUUUUACCUUCAUAUAUUAGAAUUCUCUCACCACAUUAUUGUUAUACUUUUCGAUUGAAUCAUUAUUAGAUUAUUUUUUAGAGAACUGAAAACGCCAUUAAUAUAAAAUUCUGUAAAAUAUUGAGCAUUCCCAUCUUCAGUACAAAAAUAAAAGGUCUUGUCAAUUCAGACGUAGUUUUAGGAAAAAUUCAGUAAUUCGAAAAAAUCAGUUAUUACCAUAAAUUGACUAACAUUUUAUAAUUAGUCAAAAAGUCUAAACCAAUUUUUAACAAUCUCUUUCGUUAACACUAUAUGUUUGUAGAAUCUCUGUAUAAUUCAAUUUCUUUAACUUUUGUCUCGAACAAUUUUUCCCGUUCGUUCUUUGUUAUUUAUUCUGUUAUUUGUUCAGUUGGAACUUCAUAUAAAUAGUUUAUUUACUCUACCAAUAUGUUCAUUUUAUGUGCAAUCUCAUAAAGUUACUUUUACAUCUAAUUAGUUACCAAUAAACGUUUCCAUAGCUUUACAAUUCAAGCUAAAAAUGAGGUUUUAGUUAUAUUUUGAGGCAGUUAUAUUCCACUGCAUAUUGUUAUCAAUGUUUGAGUUAAGUUUUGUUAUUUUCAUAAUGUAACAGUUGGAAACAAAUUUAAUUGAAAAAUAAAUUUAUUAUCCAGACAAGAAUUAUAAUUCGACAAAAAUUCUGUUGAACGAAUGAUGAAAUUAUAGUAAAACUUGAAUUUCAAAAACACUUAUGGAGUGUAAAUGCACUUAAAUUGGUAGUUACGAUCGUUUCGACCUGUUGUUGGUCAUCAUCAAACUGUAGGAAUUUACUAUAAUGUUAGUAAUUUACUCUACAAUGUAAGUGCGUUUUCACUCCAUAAGUGUUAUUAAAAUUCAAGUUUAAAUUUAAUAGUGAAAAAGUAUGGAUAUGCAACUCAGAAAUUAUAAUACUUCACAUGUAAUGAUGUAAUUAAUUGUAAUGAAACAUCUAUACAACAUUAUGAAGAGAAAAUAUCAUAACCAUAAACCUGUCUAGGUACAAAAGAAUUUCUUUCAAGUCCAAAAUUGAAUUGAAAAUCUUCAAGUUAUUUUCAUGUACAAGAAUAGAUCCACUUUUGCAUUUAUUUAUUUUAUAUAAUUAGGAGUAUUUAUGUAGAUUAUUUAAUGUUUUAUUGAUAAUUUAUUAAAAAUAUCGGAUAAUUUAUCAAACUAGGGGUUCUAUCACUUAUUAACAGUAUAUUGAAUGAUUAUGUAGGAGAAGAACAACUUCCUAUCUUUUAAAUUAAUUUUGUUAUUGUAUUUCGCAAUGACUAUUUACUUGAUAUUGUCAGAUACUAGUAGAGUUUCAUCACUUCAGUGUUGUUGAUAGGCAAAAUAUAUUAGAUUUUUAAUCAUUAUUUCAAAUUACUUUCUCUCAAUUUCAAAUGAAUUCAUUGUUUUCCUGUGACCAGAUAGAAAUGGCCACCAUUCAUCCUCCAAUCCCACAAGACGUAGUUUUUUAAAGGAAAAUUUCAAUUUGUUUCUAAUUAUCAAAGUUUAAAAUAGUACAUAUUACACCCAAAUCGAUAUCAACAAACUGUUUCUAAAUCUAUCUACAUUCCAAUAAGUCUUAAUUUUUAUUUUCAAGUUUCUAAAUGGUAUCUACAUUCCAGUUACUCUUAAUUUUUAUUUUUAAUCAUUAUGCAAUAAUUAUUCAAUGCUACUUAUCCACUCUCAUGGUAUUCUCUACAACUAUAUUUUUAAAAUUGGAUUAUAAAUUUAACAUCCUAGUUGCUUUAAAUCUUUAACUUUUAAUUCAAAUGAAUCCCCUCCGAAUCUAGACUUCCUAUCUCCUUUAUUUCUAUUGAAAAAACGGAUAUUUUAAAACUUGUACCUACUGCUAUAUUUCAAGUAAUUCCGUCCUGUGCCGUCCUAUCUCUCCCAUAUAUUGCUCAUCCAUUGUAAAUGUAGGUCUUGAUUCAUUCAAGAUUUGUUCUGAUUCAAAAUAUCAAAUGUAUUUGAUCAGAUUAUAGGAAGUAGUUUUCAUUUUUCAAAAUUGCAAAUGCAAAAAAGGAAAAAAGAUAAAUAAAUGUAAAUCUCAAAUACAUCAAUUAAAUAAAAUAAUUUCACAUUUCCUCAUUUUAAAUAAAGAAUCCAAUAAUAAUUUAAUAGCUUAUCAGAAUUUUAAUCUGAGGAUUCUAACAAUAGGGCCUACGUGGAUCAUUAUAUAAUGUACUCUUCUGAUCUUAGUUAUAUAAAUUAUUUUUACUUUUAGAAUCGAUAUCUUGUACUGUAUUAAUGUAAAUCCACUGUAUUUGACUGUAGUGGCUCCCAUUUUAUACUAUACUAUAUCGUUCGGUUCUAUUCAUAUGCGAAACAAAUGCAUUCCAAAGUUUGAAGUCCACUUUUGACUUAAACUAGAGAUUAAUUAACUAGUUAUGCUAGUAAUUUAUAAUUAACGUUUGAAUUAUUACCUAUUAGAAAUUGAAGCUUCUAUGAUGUAUCAAAUUAGUAAAGAAAUUCCUAAAUCAGAUUUAUGAGUUUACAGGUAUUUUAUAGAUUUUUUUGAAUUUUCAUUCUACUUCAGCUCUGUAAAAUGUUUGGAAAGAUUUCUUGAAAUCCCAUUUUUUGCUAUUAAUAGUGAAACCUUGUCUUGCUAGAUUCCAAGAUUAUACCUUCCAGAUUCAUUCUAAUGACAGUAUAAUUUCCUUUUAUAAUUACCCAUUGUCGAAAUAAAUAGUUUUAAUCAUUCCAUGUAUCUUAAUUACAUAUGGCCAAAAUAAAUACUUUUCAAUCAUUCCAUGACAUGUAUUCGGCAAUUCCCUUCAUUACAAGGCAGUUUAUGUUCACAAGAUUGAGAGUUUCAAAUAUUGCAGACUGCACAGGACGAGACAAGAAACUUCAAAAAUUGAAUGUAGAAAAUUAAGGAAUUUUAUAUCACAGCAAAGAUUUAUUCGAUAUAAAUCUAUUGGACUCAAAUAUCUGAAGUAUUUAUGAUUGGUCAAGAGGUGACUACUACCCACAAUGGGUGAUCUUUAAAUUUGAACAUUUCACUAUAACUAAGUCUCCAACUGUUCACUCUGUGAUGGAAAUCUCACCUUGUUAGAUAUAUUAACAACGACUCCAAAUUGCUAUUCUAAAUUAAUUACAGAUACAGAUAAUACGUAAUAGUUUAAGAAUAAAUUAGAUGUAUCUAGCAACUUACUUGUAAUAUAAAUUUUAAGACCUGUGUUCAAGGAAUGAGGUUCAGAAAAGUAUAAAUUUCCAAGCAAGCUCCAUCUGAAAUGUUUGCGAUUCAACAUGAGUAAUGUCAUUCAACAAUCGGAAAAUUACCUUUGAAAUUGAUGAAGAUAAUGAAUGAAAACGUGAAUUAUACUCUGAGAUGCGGGUUCAUAAGUCAUAAUUAUGAACCAAAUAGAAAUGUUGUACUUUUCUGAUUAGAUUGAAGGUUAGUGUCAGUUAUUCUACGAGUCAUUUUUGGAACUUUUAAUUAGACAAGUAAUUUACAUUACAGAUUAUUUAAUUAGAUUAGUAAGUUAAACUAAUGUUCGAAAUCCAGGAAAGUUGAGAGGGUGCUUUCUAAUUAGAUACUUUAAUGUGUGGUUUGAAAUGAUGUCUUAGUGAACUAGUUGUAAGUACAUGUUACCUGUUUGAUAAAUUUAGUAAAAUUAGCCAUAAAAAUUGCUCAUUGGUAAUGUUGUACCUAUAAUUCCCAUUCAUAAAUGUUGGUAGCUAUGAUUGGUAGAAAAAUGUCAUAAUUAGUAAAAUUACAGAUAGAAAUUAAAGUAGCCAACCAUUAUAGAACAUUUUGAAUAUUGUUUUCAGAUUUAACAUAAAUUCAUAUUAUUUUUCUACACCACACAUCAAUAUAUUAUGUUUCAGUUGGAAUCGAUGGACAAAAAGCUAGGAAGAUUACAAAUGAAUAAUUUCCCUAGGUUGUUGUGACUUCUCACUUGUGAUUGUUAACAUUGAAUACCAUUUUAAUCUAAAGACAGCAGGUGAAAAAUUAUGGUAAGAACUGAAUGUUCUUAUGUAUAAAAGAACUCUUUAUUAGUUGUAAAAGAGUUGGUCUUGCAUAAUAAAUGAAUAUAAUAAUUAUUGGAAAAUGAGUUGCUUGUACUAAAUUAAAAUUCAUAAGAUCAAUUAAUAUAGUUGUACCAAGUAGGCUAUGAUUAUUUGAUAGAGUAUCAAUUUCAAAAUAUAUUUCAUCAGCUUGAGACAAGGUAUGAAGUGAGAGCUUGAUGGUAUUAAAUAUUGAAAAUGAUUGUGUUCUCUCAUUUAUUUUUUAAAUUGUUGUAAGGCAUUGAGGUUCGAAAGAAGUUUAUUUAUCAUGUAAUAUUUUUGUUGCCUGAAUCCCCGGAAAAUUCCAGAAAAAAGAAUCCUAUCUUGUGGGAGAAAUUUAGAGAAUCCAUGUGAGAAUUGUUCAAAAUCUGAAUGAUUAAAUUUUGAGAAUUAUGUGCUUAUAAGUUUUCUGACAAAAAAAAAACAAUAAACACGAUCUUAAACUAGUUACCUUUUACCGCAUGUGUGUAAUAUGGUUGUUGGAAAAAUUAUGUGUCAUAUCAUCAUUGUUAUAUUUUGUAGUUCUUAGUUUACAAAAGACCAUUAAACCAGUGAUUGCGAAU